AUGGGUAGGCAUUCUUGCUGCUACAAACAGAAGUUGAGAAAGGGGCUUUGGUCACCAGAGGAAGACGAGAAGCUCAUCAACCACAUAACCAAAUACGGCCACGGCUGCUGGAGCUCGGUGCCUAAACUCGCCGGCCUCCAGAGGUGCGGCAAGAGCUGCAGGCUGAGGUGGAUCAACUACCUCAGGCCCGACCUUAAGAGAGGCACAUUUUCGCCGGAAGAAGAGAAGCUCAUAAUUGAACUGCAUGCCGUGCUUGGCAACAGGUGGUCACAAAUAGCCGCACAACUGCCGGGAAGGACGGACAACGAGAUAAAGAACCUGUGGAACUCAUCCAUCAAGAAAAAGCUGAGGCAGAGGGGCAUUGACCCCAACACCCACAAACCCCUCUCCCCGAAUGACGAUAAUGCCCCUCCCAAGACAUCCGACGCCUCCAGCGACCUCACCAACGCCCUGCCCGCCGACAAACCGGUUACCAGCAUCAACGUUGAUACCAACAAAAACAACAACAAUAACAAUCAUGAGUCGGCCUACUUGCCGAGCUCCACCCAUGAAUUCUUUCCGGGGCUCCUCUCCUUCCAGCAGACGGGCUACGGGCCGGGCUCCAAGCAGAUGGUGCCCGACCCGUUUGCCAAAAUGAAGAGCAGCGGCUCCAUCAGCUUUGCGAGCACUGACCCGCCGUAUGGAGUCAAGUUUGAAAAUUGGGACGCCGCGGGCAGCAGCAGCAGCAACGGGUUUUUCGAGACUUGGGGAGGUCAGGAAAGUUACGGGAAGCCCGCAAAGGACGACGAGGGCCACACGGCGGGCUCGCUAGGUCCAGGGAUUGUUGCAGAGGAUGCCAAGUGGGCCGAAUAUAUGCAUGCUCCGUUUUUUAUGGGGAAUAGUGCCGGUAACACGGCUGAGGGACUGUUCGGGCAAGGGGUUGAAAACGGGUCCUUAUCGGGAAAUGGAAUCAAUUGGCAUCAUCAAAAUCACUAUAUGCAGCAACAGCAGCAGCAGCAGCAAGAGUCUCUGCAGGAUAUAGAAAUGUAUGGGAAGCAUUUCCUGCACGGGCUGUCAGCUGCAGCUUUCGAGCACUUUCCUUGA